GUUCCCGGUGUUGGAGCGUGAGCGUAUGGAGCCGCAGCCUGCGGGGGCGGACGAGCGACGACCACCGCGCAGCAAGGCAGCGAAGGACUACGGUCACAUCACCGAGAUGAUAUUCGCUCUUCCCGUCAUGCAGAUGCAUCUCAAGUCCGAACAUCUACAGACCGAGUCCGAACCGAACCUGACGCUUCAGAAGCCGCUCGUGGAAUGCAGUUUCGUGACGGAGUUUGAGGAUCACAUCCUAGUUGCCGUGGACGCGGAAUCCAUCUUCUUCCUCCACGACCUAGUUACGUCCUACAUCAAGGAGAAGGAGAGGGAUGUAGGCGGCGCGUCGAUGAGGUCAUCCCAGGUCGGUGGCUCCUUUGACGCUGAGAGACGAUCGAAGAUAUCAAACCCGACGGAACUACUGAAGCAAGACUGGCGAGAGUUCGUCUGCAACACCUGGCACCUAGAGCCAACCGUCAGGAUCAUGUCGUGGGGCCGGUAAGCGUAUAGAGCCGUACGGAGUCGAUUACAUCCUACAGAAGCUGGGAUUCGCUCACGCGCGCACGACGAUUCCCAAGUGGGUGCAGCGCGGCUUCAUGGAUCCCAUAGAC